GCCACAAUUCAAACUGCAGUUGGCUUUGUAUGGAUUGCUCUGCUAGUACAUGCACUCGCUCUAUUUCCCGGCUGAGUGCAACUAGUGAAACGGUAUUUUGCGUAUCCCGCACAUUACGCGUCCUAUUGAAGUCAGUGCGAAGGCUGAGCUUGAAGCCGCUGCACAUAUUCAUCAAUCUAUAUCGCGCCAUCCGCGUCACCUUUCACCGUUUGGUACGCCAUAUUGUGUCCAGCAUCAGCAGUUACAAUAUGGCUAAGGUGAACACCACUUUUCAGACAGCAGACUACCUGGUCUGCGCAAGCACCCUGCUGGUGGCAUGUGGGAUAGGGGUCUUCCACGCCUGCACGGGCGGCAGGCAGCGAACCUCGGCCGAGUUCCUGCUAGCCGACCGCAACAUGAGCCCCUUCCCCGUGGCCGUCUCACUAGUGGCUAGCUUCAUCUCUGCCAUCACCUUCCUCGGCACACCUGCUGAGAACUACACCCAGGGAUGCAUGUAUUGGCUCUACGCCAUCAGCUACAUCUUCGUCGGGCUCUGGACAUCUCGCUGCUUCAUCCCUAUCUUCUAUCGUCUUCACGUGACCAGCGCCUUUGAGUACUUGGAGCUUCGCUUCAACAAGGUCCUGCGAAUUUGCGGCAUGCUGACGUUUUUCCUUCAAAUGAUCAUCUACAUGGGUAUAGUGAUCUACGCUCCAGCACUUGCCCUCAGUGCAGUCACCGGCCUUCACCUUUGGGGUUCUGUCGUAGCCAUCGGACUUGUGUGCACCUUUUACACAACAAUUGGUGGGAUGAAGGCGGUGCUGUGGACCGAUGUCUUCCAGGUCACCAUCAUGAUCAGCGGCUUCUUGGCUCUCAUCAUCGCAGGGAGCAUGCGCAUGGGAGGCAUCGGCAAAGUCUGGGAAGUGGCAGAGGCCGGCGGUCGAAUUGACUUCUUUAACUUCGACCCGGACCCAACCGUUCGCCAUACAUUCUGGUCGGUGGUUAUCGGCGGCACUUUCACCUGGUCUGCCGUCUACUGUGUAAACCAGGCGCAGGUGCAACGCUACCUGACCUGUGGCAGGGAACCAGUGGCCCAGUUUGCUUUGUUCCUUGCCGUGGUGGGCAUGGUGAUUGUGGUCUCUCUGGCUUGCUUGGCUGGCCUCGUGAUGUACGCCAAUUAUGCCGGAUGCGACCCCUUCACGCUGGGAUACGUGGAUUCUAGCGAUCAGCUUGUCCCAUAUUUCCUGAUGGACCUAUUCCACGAGAGCCCAGGACUGCCUGGCCUGCUAGUAUCGGCUGUCUUCAGUGCUGCGCUGAGCACCGUGUCGUCCGGUUUGAACUCGCUGGCCGCUGUGACUGGAGAGGACAUUGUCAAGACCAUCUCGCCUGAUAUUGAGGAGGAGAAGUAUACUAAAAUUACCAAGGCCUUGGCUGCUGGAUACGGGAUACUAUGUAUUGGCAUGGCAUUCGUUGCAUCUCUGCUAGGAGAUGUGCUGCAGGCUGCCCUGAGUAUCUUUGGCAUGAUUGGUGGCCCCCUUCUUGGUCUCUUCAGCUUGGGGAUAUUUUUCCCAUGGGCCAACUCAAAGGGCGCAUUGACUGGACUCAUCUGUGGCCUAGUCUUCUCCUUCUGGAUCGGAAUUGGAGCCCAGUUCUACCCACCCCCCAACCCAAACAAACCGCUCCUGUCUAUCGACAAUUGUCCGAACGUCACCGAGGCGUCUUUGAACGCGACCUUCUACAUGACCACUGAGCUGCCUUACACAAUGGCUAAGGAACCUGAAAGGCCGCACGUAGCUCAACUGUAUGCCGUGUCCUACGCCUGGUACAGCGCCAUCGCUUGGCUGACGGUGAUCGGUACUGGACUAAUUGCCAGUUUUGCCACAGGCUACACCGAGCCGUCGGAGGUUGACCCCCGCUUGCUGUGUCCGGUGGUCGACGCCAUGUAUUGCUGCCUCCCGGAAAAGUGGAAGGGACCAUUACGUUGUGGGGCAAAGAAGUAUGAACCAGGGGAUGACCAGGAAAAAGUCGUGACCAUGAAGGAGACAGAGGAGUACAAGUCUGAGCAGGACGGGCAAGGAGCAUUCUCCCAGGUCGUCACUGAUGGAGAUCCGCCAGCUUACGAUGAAGCCGUGGACCAGCUUACCAAGCUGUAGACGAAGGGAAUUGUGUCUUAAACUCUGAUCGGAUAGGUUACACCCUUGAUUGAAGUCUUAUUAAGACAUGUCUGUAUUUGUCACACUCAACAUUUUACAUGCUUACCCACAAUCUGUCCCUUGUUUGAAUACCACAAUACUGGCUUUUAUAGUUGUUGCAUUGAACGUUGACUUUUACGUGUCAAUUGUGCUGGUAUCCGCUAAGACAUUGAUGCGUAGUCCGUUCAUGCAUUCAUCUUGGAACCAGUUGCAUACAGGGGUCGUGCACUGGUAGAAUGAUUGUUAUAUAACACCUGAAUAAAUCCCCGUCAUCUGAUUGGUGGAUCGUUGAUCACAUGUAGUUGUAUUUUUUGUCCCAACCAUAGAUAUAGAAUAGAAAUAAUAGAUCGGCAGCGCGUACAUACGCCCCCAUUCACUGCGCGAUAAAUGUGCACCAUUUUUAUGGUCUCUCGUGGACGUGCAAAAAAAUAACAUAAAGUCAUACAGCUAAAUGUAUCUGUCCUCCAGCACGUGACCUAGCUCAACGCGCGCGAAGCUAGAAAUGCGCACCGAGUAUGUCCACGCUGUGCACAGACGUGCCGCUUUCCAUUUCGGUAACGAUAGUUUUAUUUUCUGCAAACUUAUAAACCUGUAAAACCUUAUAUUGUGCAGGUCAUUUACUCCAGAGCAAAUGGCUUUUAGUAAAAGCGUUUGCUUAAUUUUUAUUCAUGCAGAUGCGAGUAAAUACUUACAAAUUGGUAGUAAAUGCAAAUGCUAGUUUUUAUUCAUACGAACUUUGGUAUUAUUUGUACUGUAUGAACUUUAUUUUUUCGCGAUUAACAAUAAUUGCUGUAAUUUUUGCGCAUAAUUAUGUGUUUUUAUAUUGUUAUGGUAGCCCCUACCCAGCCUUGAAAUUAUGACAAGUAAAUAUUUGAAAUCUGAAGCAUUUACUCCUUUUUAUUCAUAUUAUGCAACGAAGAAACCGCUUAUAGUGUAGCAAAAGCUAAAAGGUAAAAAGUAAUUAUUUUCAGAUUUUAGCAAAUGGUUUUUAAUGAAAGCUUUUGCUUAAUUUUUAUUCAUACAGAUGCGAGUAAAUCCGCAGUAAAAUUUGUAGUAUUAAGCAAAUGCCAUUUUUUAUUCAUACGACCAUGGUAUCGAUUCUACUUUAUGAACUUUAUUAAUAUCAAUUUUUUGGCAUUAAUAAAUGCAGUAAAUUUUGCGCAGAAUUAUUUGCUUUAUAAUUUCAAGGUUGCCCCAGAUUUGAGAUCUGAAGCAUGUAUGCCUUUUUAUUCCUACGAAACGAAGUAAACGAUUAUUAAAUAAUUAAUAUAUUUCUGGUAUUCAAACCAAGGAUUCCUCAAAAGUGCAAGCCCAAGGCACUGUAGCUCCCAAGUUUGAAAAAAGAAAACUGUAGAGAAGAGGAAAUGGGACGAAAUUACAGUUUUAUAGUUGGGAAGAAAAACCCCAGAAGAAUUAUUCUGGGGAAAACCCACUCAUCCACAUGUAGACUAGGGUGCCGAUGCACAGCGCUUUGUGCGCGUCAAUGGUAUUGCGUUCGUCACAUUUGGCUCGCGGGUUUUUGUAUCUGUCCUCCAUCACGUGACCCUCCAGAUAAGGCCGCGCGUAUGCACGCGCUGCUGAUCUAGUCUUUUAAUUUUAUAUCUAUGGUCCCAAUAGAUAUAGAAUAAAAAGACGCAGGGCGCGCGCGCGGCGCGCAGCGCACAGUGCAAUGGAAGUUCUAUUGCACGGUGAAUGGAACUUCCAUUACACGGUUUCAGUGCUGCCGAUGGUGGCGCUGUGACACGAAUCUAUUUCACAAAAUACGGACGUUACGCGAGACUGAAACACCGUUUGUUCCCCUAACAGAAGAGG